AACAACCGAGGUCUCGUUUGGAAGGACGCCAAGACCCAGCAUCAAGAAUCUGCAAGUUCAGUCCAAUAAAUUGUGACAUAGUCUGUCAGCCUUGGCUAAAGAAAUCAAUACUCUCCACCCCCCUCCCCCCAAGGAAAGGCACACGAUAUUCUUUUGGAAUUUUAACGAUCUAUCUCUUUUUUUUUCGACUCCGGCUCAUAAAUAUGCGAUCCGGCGGGAGGGUUGCUGUGGUCCGGCUUUACCGCGUUUUUUAGUCUCCGGUAUAAGCCGCGGUGAUUGUGACCAGAUUAUUGUUGUGUUGCUUGUCCAUGCAAGACUUGGGGUGGAAACAUGUCUGGCCACUUCUCUGAGAGGAUCACUGCUAUCAGAGAUGGCAUUUUGGUCCAGCACUUCGGUAUUCACCUCUAAAGUGCCCCGGAAAAUCUUAUUCAUGUUCACCCUCUCCCUGUCCGUCACCUACUUGUUCUACAGCUUGAUGAGCUGCUACAACUCGCUGCAGUUCCCCCUGCAAGAGAACUACGGGUAUCCGGGGAGACUCGUGACCGAUGAGACAACUUUUGUGACGCUGAGGGAAAAACUUUACUCCACUUCCUUCCAGGGCCACACCGCCGAGGAGGGUUUGGCCGACGAGGGGCGACUUGCCCCCGGGAAAACGACCACGAUCCCGGACCCCGAAGAUGUGGAGACGGAACAAAGGACAGAGGAGUGGAUUAGGACUGACCUGUCGUCGUCCCCGACUAGAUCGUCCGCGUUUGCGGAUCGCACCGGCGCCGCGGAGAAGGAGCAUCAGGACUUCAGCCCCACGGACAGCGACCUCCGGGUGAACUGCACCACCUCGGAUUACGGGGAGAAGAAACUUCCCCAGGCCAUUAUAAUUGGGGUAAAAAAAGGAGGAACUAGAGCCCUGCUUGAAGCUUUGCGAGUGCACCCGGACGUCAGGGCCGUCGGGAACGAACCGCAUUUCUUCGACAGGAACUACGAGAAGGGUCUGGAUUGGUACAGAGACCUGAUGCCGUCCACCCUGGAGGGCCAGAUCACCAUGGAGAAGACGCCCAGCUACUUUGUGACCAACCACGCGCCCAAACGCAUCCACACCAUGGCCCGGGACAUCAAGCUCAUCAUCGUGGUGCGCAACCCUGUCACCCGCGCCAUCUCGGACUACACGCAGACCCUCUCCAAGAAGCCCGAGAUCCCCACCUUCGAGGUGCUCGCCUUCAAGAACCGGACCCUGGGCCUGAUCGACGCGUCGUGGAGCGCCCUGCGCAUCGGCAUCUACGCGCUGCACCUGGAGAGCUGGAUGCAGUACUUCCCGCUCUCGCAGAUGCACUUUGUGAGUGGCGAGCGGCUCAUCGUGGACCCGGCGGGCGAGAUGGCCAAGGUGCAGGACUUCCUGGGGCUCAAGCGCAUCGUCACGGACAAACACUUUUACUUCAACAAGACCAAGGGGUUCCCGUGUCUAAAGAAGCCCGAGGACAGCAGCACCCCCCGGUGCCUGGGCAAGUCCAAAGGGAGGACUCAUCCCAGAAUAGACCCGGACGUGAUCCGCCGGCUGCACAAGUUCUUCAAGCCCUUUAACAUGAUGUUCUACCAAAUGUCCGGACAGAACUUUGAGUGGGAGCUGGGGGAGGCGGCCGCGGCCGCUGCGCCGCGUAGCUCUCAGGACUAG